UCCGCUCCGCCGCCGGCCCCAGCGGCAUGCUGCCGCUCCUGGCUGUCCUCGCCGCGCUCGCCGGGCCGCACGCCCUCCUCGGUGUUGUUGCUGCAGGUUUUGAAGGAAUAUUCCUGCACGUCACAGUGCCACACAAGAUAAGGUCAAAUGAGAGCGAAGUCUCAGAGAAAAAGAUGAUUUAUACCAUUGCAAUUGAUGGAAAAAGAUGUACCUUGCAUCUCAGAAAACACUUAUUCUUAUCCCCCAAUUUUUUGGCUUAUGCAUAUAAUGAAACUGGAUCUUUGUAUUCUGAGUCUUCAUAUUUUAUGACGCAUUGCCAUUACCAAGGAUAUGCUGCUGAGUUUCCAAAUUCUGUUGUCACACUCAGUGUCUGCUCUGGCCUCAGGGGAUUGCUGCAGUUUGAAAAUAUCACCUAUGGAAUUGAACCACUGGAAUCUUCAGCAAGAUUUGAGCACAUAAUUUAUCAAGUGAAAAAUGACAAUCAGGAUAUACCAAUGUUAACAAAAAAUUACAGCAAUAUUCAGCAGAUAGACCAGCUCUCUCAAGUUCAUUUAAACAGACAGGAAGCAUCUCAUUUACAACUAUUACCCCGGUAUCUACAAAUGCACAUUAUAGUGGAAAAAGCUUUGUUUGAUUACAUGGGACCUGAAAUGAUGGCUUUCACACACAAAAUUAUCCAGGUUAUUGGGCUUGUCAAUGCUAUGUUUACCCAGCUUAAAUUGACUGUUAAGCUGUCCUCUUUGGAACUGUGGUCAGGUAAAAACCCAAUUUCAACUGAUGGAGAUGCUGAUGAUAUAUUACAAAGACUUUUGGCAUGGAAAAGAGACUCUCUCAUCCGUCGGCCCUAUGACAUAGCAUACUUACUUAUUUACAGGAAACACCCCCACUACAUGGGAGCAACAUUUCCGGGCAGAAUAUGCAAUAAAAAAUACAAUGCGGGUACUGCGAUGUUUCCAGACGGUGUAAGUUUGGAAGGAUUUUCAGUUAUUAUAGCACAACUGCUUGGACUUAAUAUUGGAUUAAUAUACAACAACAUCGAUAAUUGUUCUUGUCCGAGGGCUACAUGCAUAAUGAGCCAUGAAUCAGUGAGUUCCAGUGGUAUCAAGAUUUUUAGUAACUGUAGCCUGCAUGACUACAGGCAUUUUGUUUCAAAAACUGAGGCAGAUUGUCUUCACAAUUUUUCAAAUUUAAAACUUGUCUAUCAAAAUCAACCAGUGUGUGGCAAUGGGAUUUUGGAAUCUAAUGAAGAAUGUGACUGUGGCAAUAAAGAGGAAUGUCAGCUUAAAAAUUGUUGUGAUUAUAAAACAUGUAAAUUAAAAGGCUCAGUAGAAUGUGGUUCUGGACCAUGUUGCACAUCAAAAUGUGAGUUCUCAGUAGUAGGUACUCCCUGUAGAAAGAGUGUUGAUGAGGAGUGUGAUUUCACUGAGUAUUGCAAUGGGACUUCGAGUCAAUGUGUUCCUGACACUUAUGCACUGAAUGGCAAUCUGUGCAGAUUAGGAACAGCGUACUGUUACCAUGGACGAUGCCAAAAUCUUGAUAACCAGUGUGCUGAGAUAUUUGGAAAAGGUGCUCAAGGGGCCCCUCAUGCCUGUUUCAAAGAAGUUAAUUCUCCACAAGAGAGAUCUGGAAACUGUGGUUUUAAAGAUUCACAACCAUUACCUUGUGAACAGAAGGAUGUUCUUUGUGGAAAGUUAGUUUGUAUCCAGCCACAUAAGAACAGUAAUAAAAGUGCUGGGCAAUCUGCAAUUUAUUCAUAUAUUCAUGAUCAUGAAUGUCUGUCCAUAACUCCUGGGACAUCUUUGAGCUCAGAUGGAAGAGAUGAUGCCUAUGUGGCUGAUGGCACUGUGUGUGGACCACAAAUGUAUUGUGUAAAUAAAACCUGCAGGAAAGCUCACUUAGUGGAGUUUAACUGUAAUGCCACUGAAAAAUGUAAAGGGAAUGGGAUAUGUAAUAAUUUUGGUAACUGCCAAUGCUUUCCGGACCACAGGCCUCCUGAUUGUGAGUUCCAGCUUGGUUCACCAGGGGGCAGUAUUGAUGAUGGAAAUGUCAAAUCUGAUAUAAUAUUCAUUAAAGAAGGGUAUAAUGUACAACGAAGCAAUUGGAUUAUUUUGAAUUUCUUCAUUUUUCUGCCAGUUUUCAUGCUUGUCAUCAUUUCGUUUAUUAAGAUAACUGAAAUGAGAAACUCGUGCAUCACAGAGAACACAAAGUAUGAAGGGUGGCACAGGACAUCACAUGGCUCCAAGAGCCAGAGCCAAAACAGCCUUGCUAGCAGACACUCUCUCAAGAUGAAUCUGUGGCCUAAUCACCUUUUAAAGGCCCCACCUGACUCUACCUCUUCAACCUCACUGUCCCUUCCUCAAUGAACGUGACUUUAGCAACAGCAGGACUUGGACAGUGGUGCAUCCAUUGUCCCAGAAAGCUGCCAUCAGGAAUGUUAGAGUGCCACGGUCACCAGCGCAUGGCCUAAAGAAGAAAAUAUACUUUACAACCCUAUGUCUUGCCCCAAAUACAUUUUACAAAGUA